UGGAGUUUUGGAUCGCAAUAUACCACCUCUGACACUCUUCCAAGUGUCGCCAUAGUGGGAGCUCUGUUGUUCCUCGUGAAAGCUAUCUGGACUCCUGGAUAUCCACUCAAGCUCUCCUGGAAAACCAUGUUUACAUCCGAUUACUUUGUGUGAUUUCUCCCCGGGCCGCGAUUCAUAAGCCGGAGCUUUGCUGCGUGCGUGAUUUUGCCCCCGACCAAGAUGAAGAAGAUCAUAGCUUCGCUGCUGCUACUGCUCUUUUCGACGAUCCCAGUUCACGCUGUGACUUUCCAGACCACAUUCCAGACGAGGAAUAACUGCGACUUCACUCUCAACGUCCAGAUGCAUAUGGAAGGAGACCACACGGCGCUGAGGAACGUCUUCACGCUCGAGGCUGGAGGCACCGGACAGGUCCCUGUUGAAUCCACCGCAGCUCUCUCGGGAAGUUUCUACAUUACCAACCUUCUUCCAUCCAGUAUAGCCGAGUUCCAGCUCAAUUCCGGCCACUCCGGAGACACCGACUUUUAUGGUAUCAGGUUCUCUCGCGGGAGCGUCCCCCUCGCCAUCUCCCCGACCGCUGCCGGGUGUAAGUCUAUCCAGUGUCGCAACCACUAUUGCCAUCCGAAAUUGGUUCCCUGUCCAAGCGGUGGCGAUUACAUUAUCACGUUUUGUCCAUAA